AUGGAAUGUCUUCUUGAUUCUAGCCCUGACUUGGAAGAGCUCUUGAACGAAUUGCCGCUCACUGCUGACUGGUAUGACAUUGGUGGAAGGUUGGGUGUGAAUUCAAACAAACUCAACGAAAUUUAUUUUUCCCAGCACAGUGGAGAAUACAAACUUAGUCGUAUGUACCAGCUGUGGCUGGGUUCUAAAGCAGAAAAAGCAACUAGGAGACAGCUUAUAGAAGUACUUGAAAAUAAGGGGUUAAGGAAACAAGCUCUUGACUACAAGAAGUCUCUUGAACAAAGGAUCAAAAACACCACACAGAGACCACCAGAAGCUACCCCUACCCCUACUCCCCCAGAAUCUACGGAAAGUAUGCCUUCACGUAUGUAUAUAGUAGCAGUUAUAAUAAUAGCAGUUUUAGUAUUUAUAAUUGUACGUUCACCACCUCCUGAUUCACGUACAUCAAUACCAGUAGUGAUUGAACAGUAUGGGUCAGAGCUAUGUGAGAAAUACAAUGAGACUUUAACUAAAUAUAAGGAUGCAAAAUAUAAUAAAUAUCCUACAGCUGGUCCACAUGUUCCAUUCAUACCUUUAAUAUCAAUUGUAGUUAAAAAUGUCACCAAAUCAACUGCUGAAUGGUUACUCAGUACAACUCCUAAUGAUAUUAUUCAAAAUGAAUUAAAAAUUAAAAUUGAGGAUAUAUUAAAGCCAGUAUCAGAGCAACAAUUAAAGUUUGUACUAAUUGAAGGAGAGCCUGGCAUAGGAAAGAGUACAUUAGCUAAAGAGCUAGUGUUACGAUGGGCUAAUAAAUCUGAUAAAUUAUUGAGCAAUUAUGACAUUGCAUUUCUUAUUCAGUUGCGCUUUGAAACUUACCAUAAUGUUUUAUUUAUUACUCCUGAUUUUCAAUGGUCUUGUAAUGCAACUUCAGAAAACCCUUUCCUAAAACUCACAAAGCUAAAUAGACUAGGUAUGUUGGCUGUUAAUCUACAUGAAAAUGAUUUUGCAAGACUAGAACAACUUAUUUCUCCUGGUAGGCCACUGAAAAUAGUUUUAAUGGAAAAUUAUGGUACACCUUAUAAUAAUAUUCUAAACAUAAUAAAAAUGCAGACAUCUCUGGAAGAACUGACAAUUCAAGAUGGCGUUGAUGCACACAAACAUGGAACUGAAACAUUUAUUUCACUUCAGAGCCUAGAACCACCAGCACAUCAGCGUAUUAUAUGGACUAAAAGCACUAAUAAUCUAAUGGUUGACUACUUUGAAAAGUUUUUCUAUCACAUAAAAAUAAGAAAACUACCAACAAUACAACUGUCUUCUUUCACCUCAUUUACUUACAUUAAGAGUAUGGACAUGUGGGGUAGAUGGACUCGG